GGAUCGGCUCCCCCCCGAAGCCGUGUGGGACCCGGAGCGCCGGGUCGGCAAGUCCAGCUGCCUGAGCGGGGAAGGGUAACGAGUGUGUCACGCCCCUUCCCGCGUCUUGCUGGAACCUAACGGCCCGAGCGGGGUCUUCCACUGACACCCGCCGGGGCCUGGGCUUCCGCAGCCGCCCUCUGUCUCUUUAGUCCCGACGCUGCGCCCGUUUUUGUGCGCAUUUUUCCCUGGGGAAACUGAGGCUCUGAGUGCGAGAGUCAGCCGAGGUCGCCCCGCCCGGGACAGAGAAGGGCUGGGGUCGGCUGAGCCGCGACAUUGCCGGGCCCCGCCAGGGCCGCGGGGUCCCAGGAUGGCAGGCUUGGCGCAGGUGUCUGUGACCUUUGAGGAUGUGGCUGUUACAUUCACCCAGGAGGAGUGGGGACAGUUGGAUGCCACCCAGAGAACCUUGUAUCAGGAGGUGAUGCUGGAGACCUGUGGGCUUCUAGCGUCUCUGGGCUGUCCUCUCUCCAAACCAGAGUUGAUCUACCGGCUGGAUCACAGGCAGGAGCCAUGGAUGGUUAAGAGAGACCUCUCCCAAAGCUCUUAUCCAGGUGAUAGCACAAAACCCAAGACCACAGAGCCUCCUUUUUCUCACCUGACCUUGUCUGAGGAAGUAUUACUCCAGUAUCAAGUGACACAGGGAGCUUCAGAGGACUCCCAGUUAGGGCAAGCCAGGGAUCAGGAUGGGACAUCGGAAAUGCAGGAAGUUCACUGGAACGUAGGGAGAGGCCCCCAGAGGGAGAUGCUCCUGGAGAAAAUGGGUUCUGAACAUGGUGGUUUGGGGUCAGAUGACGGUCUGUGUUCAAGGAUUACACAAAAACAAGUUUCAGCAGAAGAUGAUCCCUGUGAAUGUGAUUCCCACGGACCAGUUACAGAUCCCUUGAUUCACGAAGGGAAGACUUCCUGUAAAUGUGAGGAAUGCGGGAAAGUGUUUAAAAAGAAUUCCCUCCUUGUUCAACACGAACGGAUUCACACCCGAGUGAAGCCCUAUGAAUGCACGGAGUGUGGAAAAACCUUCAGCAGGAGCACCCAUCUUCUCCAGCACCACGUCAUCCACACUGGGGAGAAGCCCUAUAAGUGCAUGGAGUGUGGGAAGGCCUUCAACCGCAGCUCCCACCUCACACGGCACCAGCGGAUUCACACUGGAGAGAAGCCUUACAAGUGCGGUGAAUGCGGAAAGGCCUUCACCCACCGCUCCACUUUUGUCCUGCACAACAGGAGCCACACUGGGGAAAAACCCUUUGUGUGCAAAGAGUGUGGCAAAGCCUUUCGAGAUAGGCCAGGCUUCAUUCGACACUACAUCAUCCACACGGGAGAGAAGCCCUACGAGUGCACUGAAUGUGGCAAGGCCUUCAACCGUCGGUCAUACCUCACGUGGCACCAACAGGGUCACACUGGAGUGAAACCCUUUGAAUGCAGUGAGUGUGGAAAAGCCUUUUGCGAGAGUGCAGACCUCAUUCAACACUACAUUAUCCACACUGGGGAGAAGCCCUAUAAGUGCAUGGAGUGUGGAAAGGCCUUCAACCGUAGGUCACACCUCAAGCAGCACCAGCGGAUUCACACCGGGGAGAAGCCUUAUGUGUGCAGUGAGUGUGGAAAGGCCUUUACACACUACUCCACUUUUGUCUUGCAUAAAAGGACCCACACUGGAGAAAAACCCUAUGAGUGCAAAGAAUGUGGGAAAGCCUUUAGCGACAGGGCAGACCUCAUUCGACACUUCAGCAUCCACACUGGCGAGAAGCCCUAUGAGUGCGUGGAGUGUGGAAAGGCCUUCAGUCGCAGCUCACACCUCACGAGGCACCAGCAGAUUCACACUGGAGAGAAGCCCUAUGAAUGCAUCCAGUGCGGCAGAGCCUUUUGCCGGAGCGCAAACCUCAUUCGACACUCCAUCAUUCACACCGGAGAGAAGCCGUAUGAGUGCAGUGACUGUGGAAAGGCUUUUAAUCGCAGCUCGUCCCUCACACAUCAUCGAAGGAUUCAUACCGGGAGAAACCCUACCCUUGUAACAGAUGUGGGAAGACCUUUCAUCACUGCACAGACUUCGGUCAACAUCCACAAACUCCUAUUAGGGAAAAAGUUUUUUGAAUAUCACCACUGAAGAAAAUCUUUGGUGAACAAAAACAUCUCACCGUCUGGCCAUUCCUACUGGAGAGAAGCUUCAGAAGCACCCUGUCUUUGAGAAAACCUGUCAUAGAUUAUCAUUUGUCGUCUAAACAAUCAUGUUAGAAGCUGAACCAGCCUAGAGUCUCAUUCUCCAUCUGAGGGUUCACCCAUGAGAGCCAGUGGUGACUGUGCACUUAGGAAGGCCUUCAGUCACAGCUUUCUUAGUUUACAUGGAAGUGUUAUCUCAGGGAUAUUUAAACAAAGGAAGAGGAAGAAAACAGCUUCUUUUAGACGUGUCUGACAAGCCUACGGCAAUUCAUCAUCCCUUUGCUAUUUUAUAUGGGAGAGGGAAAUGUUUCAGAAACGAAAGAUUUAAUCCCCUUUAUUUUUCCUGUGUGUGCAUUCACUGCUGUCCAGUGUCAGAAGUUAGACAAGGGUUUGAAAACGUUUUGUGGGCCGGGCACGGUGGCUCACGCCUGUAAUCCCAGCACUUUGGGAGGCCGAGGCAGGUGGAUCACGAGGUCAAGAGAUCGAGACCAUCCUGGUCAACAUGGUGAAACCCCGUCUCUACUAAAAAAAAAAAAAAAAAAAAUACAAAAAAUUGGCUGGGCAUGGUGGCGUGUGCCUGUAAUCCCAGCUAUUCAGGAGGCUGAGGCAGGAGAAUUGCCUGAACCCAGGAGGCGGAGGUUGUGGUGAGCUGAGAUCGCACCAUUGCACUCCAGCCUGGGUAACAAGAGCGAAACUCCGUCUCAAAAAAAAAAAGAAAAAAGAAAACGUUUUGUGAAAGCCUGCUUAGUCCUGCAACGUUUUUUCCAGUCUCGAGGUACAGGAGCAUACAUCUUUAUAAAAAACAUGGAGGCUUAAGCUCUGAUACACUUUUAUAAGGAGAUGACGAUGCACAUAUGUUGGGGCACAUUUUAUUGUCCACUUUAGAUGCUUGUUUAAAAACAAAACUUUCACCCUGUACACAUACUUCUUGAUGUGAAUUUACUUCUUUCUAUUUCUUGGGGUGGGGUUGAUAGUGCGAUUGUGUGUAUACCGUGUAACCCUGGGAAUCUUUGUUUUUUUCCUAUGACUGUGGUUUCUCAGCUUCUUUACCUCUCCUUUGAGACUUAGGUCCACCUCAACCAUUUUCUAAAAGUUGAAUUAGGGCCCAAACAAAAUACAGUAUAUAGCUGAAUUCAUUUAAAAGAUCAUGAUGAACUCAAAAAAACAAACACAGAAGGAAUGUCAUUUUUAAUCUUUUAAAUAAGAGUGUGUGAAAAUUUACUUUGGAAUUUAAACAGGCAAACUGACAUGCAUUUAUGUAGGGACGUCUGAGUCUCACGGCUGUCACCAUGGACUUAGGCUUGAUUAAAAUGACAGACGUUUACAGCAUUUUGGAAUUCCUUUUUGAUAAGAUUUUUAAGAAUAGAUUUUGAGACACAUGUUAUAGUAUUAUACCUCACAUUAAAAAUAUAUAUUGUACAGGAGUAAAAAUCUAUUCACUUUGAACUCCUC